AUGGAUUCAGAAUUUGAGUCGAAAACAUCUUCUCAUGCUCUGGAGAUCGAGCAGCCGACCGUCUAUGCCGAGAAGGCAGGCGUCGCUGAUUACAAGGCGGACGCAAUUGAAGCAGAAAAUGUAGAGCAUGCCAUGACAGUGCUGGAGGCGGUCAAAGCCUAUCCUAUGGCCUCCUUCUGGGCUUUUGUCAUGUCCUGCACCAUUAUCAUGGAAUCUUACGAUGUCUUCCUUAUCGGUAACUUCCUCGCCCUCCCUGCAUUUCGAAACCGAUUCGGCGAAUAUCAUGCUGAAAGCGAUACAUACGUGAUUGUGACUGGAUGGCAGUCUGCACUUCAGGUAUCUGGUCAGCUGGGCGCGCUCAUCGGCGUCUUCCUUGCUGGUCCACUGACGAGCCGUAUCGGAUAUCGUUGGGCAACCUUGACUGGACUUAUGGCACUGAACGUCUUCAUCUUCGCCUUCUAUUUUGCCAAGUCGCUACCCGUCAUUUUUAUCUCGCAACUGCUCGAAGGUAUGCCGUGGGGCAUCUUCAUCGCAAAUGCACCAGCAUACUGCAGUGAGAUUGUGCCGAUCAAGCUGAGAGCUCCUGCCACACAGAUGCUUCAAAUGUUCUGGGCUAUUGGUAGUAUCAUCGUUGGCGCCGUCACUUAUCGUUACAAUAAGAGGCUAGACCCAAGCGCCUACGGUAUUCCCAUUGCACUGCAAUGGAUGUUCCCCACUCCACUGGCUAUCCUCAUCUUCCUUGCACCGGAAAGUCCUUGGUGGCUUGUGCGAAAAGGAAAGCAUGAUGCAGCAGCAAAAGCAGUUCAGCGUUUAGGACGCAAGUCCGCCAACAAUACAACCGAAACCGUCGCCAUGAUGCGUCGUGUCAUCGAGCUUGAAAAGACCGACAAGGCACCAGGCCUUCUUGAGCUCUUCAAAGGCACGGAUCUUCGACGAACACUUAUCGUUUGUGCUGUAUAUGCCGCGCAGAACCUUACCGGCAAUUUGAUCGCUAACCAGGCUGUCUACUUCUUCGAGCAGGCUGGUGUAUCAGUUGAUACUGCAUUUGCCCUCGGUCUUAUCACUUCAGCACUACAGAUGGUCUUCGUCAUGCUUUCUUGGAUACUCACAACCUUUUAUGGCCGACGAUCGAUCUAUCUUUGGGGUUCGGGUGUCAACACCAUUCUCCUUAUUGCCCUUGGUAUCGCCGCCUCAGUUGGAGUGUCGCACGCAGCCUCGCUCGCUCAGGCGUCUCUUGGUCUAAUUGUAUCCGUCCUCUUUACGUUGGGACCCGCACCAGCGUCCUGGGUCAUCAUCGGAGAAACAUCCGCCAUUCGUCUUCGACCUCUGACCACCGGCAUAGGCCGUGCUACAUACUACAUCGUGGAAAUUCCUUGUAUCUUCCUCGCCUCGUACAUGCUGAAUCCCAAUAGUGGAAAUCUCGGAGGAAAAUGCGGUUACGUCUGGGGUGCUACGGGACUGAUUUGUUUGAUUGUGGCCUAUUUUCAAUUGCCUGAGAUGAAGGGCCGGUCUUACCGUGAAAUUGAUAUUAUGUUCAGACGUCGCAUUCCAGCUCGACAGUGGAAAAAGACGGAAAUUGAUAUCAAAGACGAUGAAUGA